CCACACGAGCCGAGCAAGAAGAAGCCUGUUUCUCCGUCGAUGGAUUCUCCAAACCUCUACUUCCGCUGCUCCGAAUCCUCGGCCGCGUCCACACCCGAAUCCCCGGAGCCUGCCCCGUGCUCCCGCCUCGACCAACCGCUUCCCUUCGACGUGAACGACGCCGAUGAGAUGCUCUUGCUGGACAUGCUCAUCGAUGCUCCCGACGUGUCUAACUCUACCAUGGCGGCAGAAGAGGUCGGGUCGAGCGUGACGGCGGAGCCCCCGGGGAGCGAGAAGAGCUACAGAGGGGUGCGGAAGCGGCCGUGGGGGAAGUUCGCGGCGGAGAUCAGGGACUCGACGCGGCAGGGGGUGAGAGUGUGGCUGGGCACGUUCGACGACGCGGAGGCGGCCGCCUUGGCCUACGACCAGGCGGCAUUGGCGAUGAGGGGGACGGCGGCGGUGCUCAAUUUCCCGGCCGAGCGUGUGCGGGCGUCGCUGCGGGACCUCGAGCUGGGGGUGGAUGGGUGUUCCCCGGUUCUGGCACUGAAGAAGAGGCACUGCAUCAGGAAGAGGAGGAGGUCAGGGGGCAAGGUAAGGGAGAGUGUUGUGGUCUUGGAGGACUUGGGUGCAGAGUACUUGGAGGAACUCUUGAGACUGUCAGAACCUGCAAGUCCUUGGUGAUCAUCCAAUGGUCUUGCUUUCCUGUAGCUUGUUCGCUGUGAUGACAAACAGCUUCACAAGUCUAAUGAUUUGCUCAUUCCCAUAAAAUCUGGAUCCAUCUUCUUUCUUGAUGCUUCACUGUAUAUUAAACCAUGGCUGCAUCAUCAUGUGGCCUACACAACGAGCAAAGAUCUUCUCUCUCUCUCUCUCUCUCAAUUUAAGAUAAAUGCUCAGAUUACCAUGUCAAAAGGUAGGCUAUGACAAAAGAGGAUGUCAUGUUGCCUUUUUUCGAUGAGCUCCAUGUAUUGCUAGACUCUGUCCAACUGAGUUUACGGCUCAUAUUGUUUGGAUUGGAAGAGUUGAUCUGAAACCAUCUGAGAUAUGGGAGUGAGACAGAGAUC